UCGCAAUAGUUCUCAAGGUAGUUGGAGUGUUUAUGGCCAUCCUACAUUCCUUGCAGUUUAUCGCUUAUGGAUUAGUAUUUAGUGGGGUCAGGCAUCAAUGGUUUCCUGAAAUAAUAUCCUUAGUUAUCCUCCUGUACUUCGCCGCAGUAUGGUACAGCUAUGGGGAAUUCAUUGAGGAUAUUGCGAACGAUUUAAACUUUAUCACUGUCUACGACAGCCAGACCAACCAACAGGUAACGUACCCUCUUGGGGGUGGAAAUGAAAACCAUCAAAUGUCACCGAUGAACCAGCCAAACGGAGGAAGAUAUCCUUUCCAGGGUCCUUCAACGAUGCCCUCUGCACCUCCUUUGAACACCCCUCAGGCACCUUAUGUGAUACCUGGGCCUCGCAGCGCUCAGUCAUUGGGAAGGCCCCAAGCUUCAACGCAAAUAGAUAGUGAUAAUCCAACAAACACACAAAUGCCUACGCCGUACAAGACUUCUAAGUGGUCCGAUAAAAAUUAG